AUGCGAAUGAUUCGCGAGGACCAUCGGCCUUUCUAUCUCCUGGCAAUACAGGAGUGGACAGCCCGGAUGUGCCCCACCAGUGGAGAGGAUAACACUGCCAAGGGCCAUUCGAAAGCAGCGCCGUUGCUGUGCAUUCCCUCGCGGCAUCCUCUGCUAUUCACAUGGGUUCGGGAGCCUACAUGCAUAAACGAUGACAUUUUGUGCCGAUUGUCAGAUGGGAAACGAUCUUCGUGGAGAAAUUUAGCCAAAAUGUUGAUGUAA